AUGACAACUCCUUCAACCUCAUCUGUCUCAUCUUUUCUUGAAUGCUUCGCUCAAGAAUGUGAAAACCACUCUUCGAUCACCAACGUUAUCUACACUCCAACAAACCCUUCUUACACCUCUGUUCUUCAAUCCACAAUCCGAAACACAAGAUUCUUAUCCGAAUCCACUCCGAAGCCGCAAGUCAUCAUAACCCCAGAAUCCGAAACCCAGAUCCCACCCAUCAUCCGAUGCGCCAAGAAAUGCGGUCUCCAAAUCCGAACCCGAAGCGGCGGCCAUGACAUGGAGGGACUGUCCUACGUCGCAAAAGUGCCGUUCGUGAUCAUCGAUUUGGUCAACCUCACCGAAGUCACCGUCGACGUCGAGGCGAAGACGGCGUGGGUCGAGGCCGGCGCAACCACCGGCGUCGUAUACUACAAGAUCGCCGAGAAGACCCGCACUCUGGGCUUCCCCGGGGCCAUCUGCACUACGGUCGGCGUCGGCGGGCACUACGGUGGGGGGGGCUACGGCACCCUCCUCAGAAAAUACGGCCUCGCCGGAGAUAACGUCAUUGAUGCGAGAAUCGUCGACGCCAACGGCGACAUCCUCGACAGAGAGUCAAUGGGCGAGGAUCUGUUCUGGGCGAUCAGAGGCGGCGGCGCCGCCAGCUUCGGCGUGGUCACUGCUUGGAAGAUACAGCUCGUCGAUGUUCCAGAAACAGUCACUGUUUUCUCAAUCCUGAGGAAUGUGGAAGAGCAAAACGGCGCCGAGCUGUGGCACCGCUGGCAAUACGUGGCGCCUCAGGCCGACAAGGAUUUGUUCGUCGGAGUCAUCGUGUACAGAGCCGACACGACGGUCCAGGUUAAUUUCUUCUCCGCUUUCCAAGGCGGCGCGGAUAGAUUAGUUUCAUACAUGCAAGAAGUCUUCCCUGAGUUGGGGCUAGUGAGAGAAGACUGCACCGAGAUGAGCUGGGUCGAAUCCACCUUAUUCAGCAACCAAAUGCCGAUCGAUCCACUUGAUGCUCUGCUCAACCGGAUUCAACCCGGCCUCAGACAGCUCAAAGCCAAGUCGGAUUAUGUCCGAACAGCAGUCCCUUUGGACGCGAUUCAAGGCAUGGUGAGCAUGCUACGUGAACCAGAAGCGGACGAGACCAUUUACUACAUGGUUCCAUACGGUGGAAGAAUGGAUGAGAUAUCAGAAUCGGAGACUCCGUUUCCUCACAGAGCUGGUGCGCUCUACAAGCUCGCCGGCUUAACCUACUGGCAAGACUCCGAGGCAGCAGAUGCAGACAGAUACAUAAGCUGGAGCCGCAAGUAUUACGAAUACACGACUCCUUACGUCUCGAGCUCGCCCAGGGAAGCGUAUCUCAACUACAGAGAUCUCGACAUCGGAGUGAAUAACGUUGUCGGUGAGACGAGUUACGAGCAAGCCAGCGUUUGGGGGAAGCCUUACUACAAGGAUAAUUUCGAUCGUCUUGUUCGGGUGAAGACCGCCGUGGAUCCGGAUAAUUUCUUCAGGAAUGAACAGAGCAUUCCGCCGGUGUGCAAGUCCGCCGCCGGUAUUUAA